AGUUCUCCUGCGGAAGAAUGAUGUCAGGGAAUGUCGAGUGUAACCUGUAACCGUGUUUUAGCUCAUAUUUUCGAUAUGGAUCUUGGGAUCAAAAAACGACUGCUGCUCCUUGGAAUUUUCGGAUGGUGCUUUGGACAUGUUUUCAGUUACGGAGAAGAGAGCAGCGAGUUCACUUUCCUUCUGCAAGCUGGGAAAUCCGAUUGUUUCUUCCAACGAGCAAUACAAAAUGGUACGAUGGAGGUCGAAUUUCAGGUGAUAGGAGGAGCUGGCAUGGACGUGGAUUUCACCAUCCUCAAUCCGGAGGGCAUCCCCAUGGUCGCUGAGACCCGUCGCUCUGAUGGUGUUCACGUGGUGGAGCCCACAGUGGAGGGAGAUUAUCAAGUGUGCUUUGACAACAGCUUUAGCCACUUCUCGGAGAAGAUGGUGUUCUUCGAGCUUUACGUCGAAGGACAAGGAGGAGAUGUGGGUGGUGAUGAAGACUGGGGCGGAUUAGAAGAGGUGGAUGAAAACAUGUUGCAGUAUAAGCUACAGGAUAUGAGGGAGUAUAUGGACUCUGUACACAAACGUCUUGAGCGCAGUCGGCAGAUGCAAACAGCCUUACGAGCUUAUGAGGCGCGGGACCGAAACCUUCUGGAAGACAACCUUUGGAGGGUCUCGUUUUGGUCAUGUGCUAGUGUACUAGUGAUGCUGUGCGUGGCAUUAACCCAGGUCUACACCGUGCGGAAACUGUUUGACGAUAAGCGGAGAGUGUGUACAUAGAAGGAACUUUUCCAUUGUAACGAAACAGGCUGGGCAGGAUACAGUAGUCCUCAUUUUACAAGAACACCAGCUGUUAAGAUCAUGUGAUGUGGUUCACAUCUGAAAGGCCUCAGUCUGAGCAAUAACAGUUCAAAAUGGCACAACAGUUUGUACGUUGGAGGCCUUUUUGUUUACUUUAGUGCCUUAUAAAUGUGAAAUGUGACAACAAACUGAUGCAGAAGAUUUUAGAAGGCACGGCAGUAUGUUUUGCUGUUAAAAAAUGUGUUGCUGUAUUUUGUUUUUGCUGAAGGUGGAAGCUCAGUGACAUGUAAAAGCUUGCAGCCUAAAUGUGGCAAACGAAGUGCAAUAGUCCUGUAUUUUCUUUUUCAAACAUUUUUUAAAACUUUUUUUUUUUUUUUUAGGAUGUGCUUGUUUUAUAUGGCCUCUAAAAGUUGAAUAUGAACAUAAUGGUACUGUCCCUUUGUGCUUUAUCCUUUUCUGUAUUGCAGCAAGUGAGUGAUAGUGCCAUCAAGUUAAAAGUGAAAUUUUCAUGGGAGCAAUUGCAAUGGUUUUAAUGGUUUUUUUUUUUUUUUUUUGUGAGAAAAGAUGACUGUCAUGAAUAUUGAGUAAAAAAUAAAAAAUAAAAAAAGGUGUUACGCUUCCAGCUAU